UAUAUGAUGAGACGGGAAGAUGCGACCGCGAGCUUCAUCAUACGAACACGAUCGCUAUAUUUGUGAUGCAGAUAGCCUUGGGUAGGUGAUAUACCAACAUGGCUAUUAAUUUGUCACGAAAGACUGGAUAUGUUCGCGAGAGAAGCUCGGGAAUGGAUCGUCGGCUGACCGGGUAUAUCCCCUAUGUUCAGUUGAGGAGACAUAAAGAACAAAAAACUGGCGGACGACUUGUACUCUUGCACUUGCAGACGAUAUUUGCAGUGCCGUAUUUGGCGCCUUUCAUCGUGUAUCGGAAAUCCUGUCUUGAACACACAUCGCUCCCGAUUCGUCAGCUCUGUCAUCACAGCUCCUUUAUUUGAAAACCAUCCGGCAAUUCGACUUUCUACGCGUUUGGGAAACCCUCUUUUGAACGAUGGGACUAGGUUGCCUUUUUAAUCUACCCUGUUGCUUCAUCCAUGCUUUAUCAUCCUCGGUUCACAACGUGCUUUAGGGGUGCAUUCUCGACGAAUUUAACGCUGAAAUCACUUUCACUCUCGUGCGCUAGCUUGACGCCUGUCUUUAGUUGCUAUCUGCUGCUGAUGGGAAGUGCUUUCGUCGUUCACGUUCUUUGCUGAAUGGGUCCGGGUAAAUAAUCCCAGACACGGUGAAUCAAUAUAACCCUCGAAGAGUGGAGAGAUGCAGUCAUAUUACAAUCAAGUGAAGGAAGUGCUCUGUAGUCAAUCCUAAUUAUAUGCUCUUGUGUUAAUGAAAUGAGAGCUCAUUGUGGAAUGACUUGUGAAACCAAGGAGCUAAUUAGUGGAAAAUUCUGAAAAACUCGAGCGGCUAGCUGCAAUUAACUCAGAUGACGGAAAUCUUCUCUGCUUUUCCCAAGGAGUAGCCCCGCACCUUACAGCAUGCGUCCCAUUGGUCUCGGGUUAGAGGCCGGUAGCGCCCGGACCACUAUGUCGGGCAAGGACCCUGUGGCGCCCAUGAUUAUGUCUUUGGAUCCCACUCCUGACAUCGAUCCUUCCACGGCGACGCCUUCUCUGUCUCCCCGACGCUCCCCCGAGCCAAGGCCGGGAAGUAGCUGCUAUGCCCUGCGAGCGGCUGUGGGCCUGUUAGCGAUGUGGGACGAUUUCGAUGCGGAGAAGAUCGGAGAAGGAUUCUACGCUGAUGUCUUCAAGAUUCGGCAUAAAGCAGAUGGCCGAGUGAUGGUCGCAAAGAUCGGCAAGCAGAAGAUAUGGAGAGCCAACCAGCACAAAAUGAUCCAAGAACUUGAGCUUCUCAAUAAACUACAACACCCUAACGUUGUCAGAUAUAUGGGAGCUUGUGUAAAAGAUGGCCAUAUCCAUCCUGUACUCGAGUAUGUAUCUGGUGGAUGCUUGACGGACAUCUUGGCUGAUGAGAGCUUGGCGUUGUCAUGGAGACAGAAGGGUGACUUAGCAACAGACAUCGCUCGUGGAAUGACCUACCUGCACUCACAAAAUGUGUGCCAUCGGGAUCUCACGUCAGCGAAUUGCCUCGUUCGUCAAAAGCCGAAUAAUGUCCUUGAGGCAAUACUCACCGACUUCGGCCUCGCUCGUGUGCUCGGCUGCAUGCCCGACCCUCCUCCAAACUCUCCCAGAACGCCCGAGUCGCCAGAACCGGACAUAAUCGACGCACCGAACGGUGGUCCGAUGUUGCCUCGGAUACCGUCGGCCUGCAUGGACGUGCCUCGGAAGAUGUCGGUUGUCGGCACCGCGUUCUGGAUGGCUCCCGAAGUUUUACGAGGAGAGGAAUACACUCGCCAAGUGGAUGUUUUCUCGUUUGGUAUCGUGGUAUGCGAGAUUGUAGCAAGAAUAACGGCCAAUCCAGACGACCUCCCGAGGACUGGGAAGUUCGGUCUCGACCUGCAGCUUUUCAAAGAGAAAUGUCCAGGGAUACCUGAACCCUUCCUACAGAUCGCUGAAGACUGUUGUUCCAUGGAUCCCAGGGAUCGGCCGGUUUUCGCCGAGCUCGUCCGCCGUUUCGAGAUCAUCCGCGGUACGUUGGACACAGAAACGAGCGACACAACGUGUUACGAUGUCAACCUUACGGACAUCAUCAGGACAAACGAUUCGGACGAUGAUGACGAUGAUUGUAGCUUUGGGUUUCAGUUUCAAACGGAUCUCCAGUGGAUGACAAACGCAGAAGUGGACGAACAAGAUUGCGAGAAGUCCUUUGUGGAUGUUCUAAAGGAGUACGCUUAUGCUGCAAGACAGUAUUUCAGGGUUGUUACGGGUUUCAUCGUCUGCUUGUUGCCGAUGCUUUCACUGUGGAUGUAUUGUGAUUUGAACAAUGUCCUCCUGUGGACCUCAUUAAUAUAUGCAAGCAUAGGGUUGGUCUUAGAGAACUCGACAAGAUGUGUAGAAGUGCUUCAUUCUUCUCAAUCAAUCUUCAGGACUUUGUUCAAUCUAAUAUCCAGAUUAUUCUCCAGACUGUGGAAUGUUGUAUCGCUUUUGUUGCAAAGAGUGCAUUGUACGAGAUCCGCAGGCUCGGACCUGAACGAAAACGUGACGUACCCAAAUCAAAAUGGCGGUCCGACCAAAUCGUUGCAACAUGGUGAUACCCCCAGCGAGGUCCUGAGGAAUACAUCAACCCGCGUUGCGGACUUGGUCCCAAUCUUGAAGAAUCGUCAGAAAGGUCCAGGACCCGGCGCCGAGGAUCCAGAGUCGCAGGGUGCAAGAAAGAAGACGCUGCUUGCAAACGAAUUGGAAGAAACAGAACUGGAUAAGUUACAUAAUCCAAACAUUAACAGGGUAUUGCUGAAUGGCCGCAUGUCGCAAAAGCGAGUCAGCUUUUCUUUACAAAACAGUAUUGACCGAGAUGAAGGUGACCCAAAUCCAUGAACAUCAGACCUAAACAAUGGUCUGAAACACCGAUUUUCUAUUGGCAGCCAAAAUAGU